AUGAAGCGGCACCAGGAGCUGGAGAACAAGGCAGGAGCUCUAAGAGAGUCGGACAUCCUGAGAGCGGCAGUGCGUCAGCACAAAGACAAACUGCAGCAGCUGCAUGAGCUGCUGGCGGCCAGGGAGCAGGAGCACAGAAAACAACUGGAUUUGCGGUUGCAGCCCGGCGGGGCAGAUUUCCGAGAGGCGGUGGCUAAAGAGGUUGCAUCAGUGGAAGAGAGGCAUGGCCACAGGGUGCUGGAGCUGCAGGAGAAACUAGAAGAGGGAAGGAAACUGUACGCAGCUCUGGAGGACGAGUUUCGCAUGGCGCUGACCAUCGAGGCUGCUCGCUUCUCUGAGGUAAAGGACGCUUGUGAUCAGAUGACUGCAGAGCUGCUGGGGCUCAAGGCGACCCUGGCCCAGUCCCAGCAGAGGGAGAAGAAAUCAGCCUCUCUGGUGCAGGAGCUCACAGCCAUGGUCAAAGAACAGAAGAACCGCAUCACUGAUCUCAUCAAAGCCAAGAGAGAAGCUGUCACUGCUCUGAAGAGCCGUCUGCAUUCCUUGGAAGCAGAGGCAGAGCAGGACCGGCGUCUCAGCCUGCAGCUCGAGCUGCUUAAGAAAGACAAGGGACGACUGUUGUCUCAGCUCACAGCUCAGGAGUCUGUGAUCGACGGCCUCAGGGCCGAGAGGAAGAUCUGGGGCCAGGAGCUCGCUCAGCAAGGAGCAUCCUUGUCUCAGGAUCGUGGACGCCUGGAGGCCAGGUUAGAGGUGCUGGGCGCUGAGCUGGAGAGUCAGAAGAAACUGAACGAGAGAGACACUGAUGCCCUAAAAAUCAAAACCAAAAUCAUUGAUGACCAGACAGAGACCAUCCGCAGACUCAAAGAGUCUCUGCAGGAGCGCGAUGAUCAGACCCGCAGGCUGCGCGAUGAGGCGGUCCAGACCCAGAAGAGGUUCCAGAAGCAGCUGGAGGAGACAUCUGAGCAGGCGGAGCUGAAGGAGCGGAUCGAGCAUCUGAGCCUGCGCAAGGAGGAGCUCAAACAGCAGCUGGAGGACAAGGACGCAAAGCUUGAGGAGAUCAAAAGAGUUUACAGUGAUUCCAGUAAGAAGUGGCAGGCGAAGGCCGACCUGCUGACUCGGUUGGAGAGCCAGGUGAAGAGCAUGAAGGAGAGCUUUGAUUCCAAGGAACGCUUGCUGCUGGAAGAAAGAGAUAGAGCAAUCGAAGCACAAAAAGCUGCAGUAGAUAAAUUACACUGUGUGGAUGAUGCAUUUCGUCGACAGCUAGAGUCUGGUCAAGCCUCUCAUCAAGCUGAGCUGCUACGACUGGCAAAUGAUAAGCAGAAGAAGAUUGAACAAGCCAAUCAGAAGGUAUAUGAUGUAGAGGAGGAGAUGCGUCAGCUCCUGGAAGAGACGGAAACCACCAAAAGAAUGAUGGAAGAGAAAAUGAAACGUCUCACAAGUGUACUUAAAGACUUUUAACACAUGACAUGUGACCUCUUUACUGCCAUGGCAGCUUUUGAAUUUAAAC